AUGAACUACAUCUCCGCCACCUCCUCUUCCAACAAUUCCGCAGCACCUUCUCAAAAUUCCAACAUUUUCGCUUCUCGGUCAACUCUCUUCAGAAAUCGACUCACUCCCAUUCAAACCAAUAAUCAGCUCAUUCCCAGUAAUGUUUCUACACCAAGUGCUGGUUUUCAUCAUGUUCAGCGUUCGCCUCUCGUCGUGAUGAGUGGAGUUGGUUCUCAAAGCAAUCUUGGAAGUGGUGGUGGUGGUUACAACAACAAUUAUCAGAAUAAUCCUCUUAAUAAUAAUAACGUCAACAAUGGUAUGGUAAUUAGUUCUGCAACCACGACACCAUCAUCGACAAGAGUUUCACAACAACAACAACAACAGCAGCAUCAGUACGUGUUUGACAACAAUGGAACAGCGAAUUCCUCUUACUACAAGAAUGGACACUCCCAUUCGAGUAAUAACUUGCAACAAUUAUCGACACCAUCUUCCGCCUCAUCCUCUUCCAUGUACAUCUCUCAGCAACAAGUGAACGCUCUUCCUCAACCUCUCAAUUAUACCAGCUAUUCCAAUAAUUACUAUUACUAUCCUUCAUCCAAUCUUCAGAGUCCUCCAACUUCAUCCUCUUCUCCUUUUGCUCAACAACAACCACCACCACAAGCCUUAUUAAAAAAUAAUAAUAACAACCAGACUCCUCCCUCACAGCCUUAUUCGUCCUCUUCACAGGUUGGUGGAACAAGGUACUCGUAUUACGCUAUAACGACCACCUCUCCUCCUUCCACGAGCUCGGCCGGUACAUCUCUGUUGAAUCAUUACAAUCAUCAGGGAUAUUUGGAGAGUGGAACGACGAUUGGGAAAGGCAAUUCCUCUCAUCAUCAUUAUCACUCUCAUCACAACGGAAAUAAUAGUAAUAGCACUAGAAAUUUGCAGGUAUUAACGGUUCCUGGAUACAUGAGGCCUCGGAGUGGAUUAAGUGAUUUAAGGUCAUCCGUGGAUACGAGCUUCACAGGAUUUACUGAAAUUGAGGAAGAUAUUGAGUAUGUGGACAAUUUGAGCCCACAUGGUGGAUAUUUAACACCCGAUGAAUCGUCUGUAAAUAGCACAAGACAACUUUCGCCAUUAACGGACGAUAGUGAUGAUAUUAUCGAGAAUAUUGACACUAUUGAGUCCUCUUCGAGAGACACUCCCUCAAGUUCUUCGUCUCCUCUCAGGCAGCACAAUCUGACAAUGAUCUCUCCACAGAGCCCUUCACCCAACUCAAAACAGCAAACACAGUACUUUCAAAAACACCAAAACCAACCACAGAAUCCACAUGCAACAAACUACUCCAAGAGGCCACCGACUUUGAAUAAGAGUGACAUUUUGCAAACGAACAACUUUAGCUGUCCCAACACAGAAAUUUCAACAUCUCCUGUAUCAAGGUCCCAACACGUCACCAAUCGAUCAACAUCUCCCAUUAAUCAUACGCCGAGCAGUACACUAGGAAGUGGAACUUUCUUUGUUCCUUCCAAUUCCUAUCAGCAACAAAAUGUAAAUAGUAAUACAUCCUCUGCUCAAAGCACAACCUCCAGCAACAUGUCUAUUCACACCUUUAGCUCACAACCUUCACCUUCUCAUCAUUUGUAUUUUAAGAACAAAAAGACGAAUAAUUCCAAUCCACCACAACCACAUCCACAGCAAACACAACAACAGCCGUCACAAUUAAGGGUUAGAACUCCCACAACCAUUAUGGUUAACGACCUUCCAUUGAAUGAAAGUAGUGGCCACAACAAAAAUGGAAAUGCACCACAUCCUUCAUCUAGCAACGUCAACAGCGGAAACGGAGUGCCAAGUGCUGUUACACAAAACAAACAAGCUUCGUCCCUCCACUCGAAACAAUUGCCACCAAUGAAGUCAGAGGACACUGCCAAACCAAGUCACUCACCCAACAGUCCCAAACUUCCCAAAACAUCUGGUACAUACUCUGCACCGACUCCAACGGAAAACCACACAAAAAAUCCCACCUCCGAUGCCGAAAAGAAACCUAAAAAGAAGCACAAGCAAAAAAAGCUACAAAUUAUUAAGAAUUAUAAGAAGGGAGACUUCAUUGGCAGUGGCGCGAAUGGAAGGGUGUUUCUAGGUUACAAUGUCGACGAUGGCAAGUUCUUUGCUAUUAAGGAGUGUACUUUCGAGAAUGUCCAAGGGGAUGUACUGGAAACUAAAUUGGAAAAUAUACAGCGAGAAAUCAAUCUCAUGAAGGGACUUAGACAUGAAAAUAUAGUUCAAUACUAUGGAGCUGAGGUGAAUGGUACGACCUUAAACAUUUUCCUCGAGUUUGUUCCAGGCGGCUCAGUUUCGUCUUUGUUGAGAAGAUAUGGUAGAUUAUCCGAAGAUGUGACGCGUCAAUAUACCAUUCAAAUGCUCAAGGGUCUUAAAUAUUUGCAUGAUAAUAGAAUUGUUCAUAGAGAUAUUAAGGGAGCUAACAUUUUAGUGAGUGUCGAAGGAAAGAUCAAAUUGGCAGACUUUGGGGCUUCACGUAAAAUACAAGAUAUCAUGACACACUCAUCUGAGUUUAAAUCCUUAACUGGUACACCACAUUUCAUGGCACCUGAGGUGAUCAUGCAAACAGGACAUGGGCGACCUGCCGAUAUUUGGAGUAUUGGUUGUACCAUUGUUGAAAUGUAUACGGGAAGACCUCCUUUCUCCGAGUACACAACUGCCGCGGCUGUGAUGUUUCAUAUUGCAGCCUCAACAGAAAUGCCUUCAUUUCCUGAUUUUGUCUCUGAGGGAUGUAAGAAAUUCCUUGCUCGAUGUUUUAUAAGAGACCCAAAUAAGAGAGCCACGGUCGAUGAUCUUCUUAAUGACCCAUGGAUUACUCAAGCAGAGUCGACGAGUGAUGACGAAUCAGUAGCCACUCCAACCGAGCAGUAUUCUUCAUUCUCUUCUCACAAUAGUGGAGGUGCACCCAUUAUAGAAGAUAGUACAUCUUUGUCUGGUUCCUUUUCUCCUUACGUUGACUUCAAUAACGAAGAUGAGUCCUUUUUCGCUCCUCAAGUGGAUAUGUCAUCCAAAAUUUCUCAAGACAUGAAGGGUGGUGAAAAACAACCAUUGGGUGUUGUGGAAGCUAAAAAGGGUUACAACAGCAAGAAGGAUAUCAGCCAAUUCUUGAGGAAAAAUUCCAUGUGGCAAUCUCGUUCUUUCAACUCAUCUGCGUGGGACAUGUUCAAAGGUGACAAUCCUGAUGAAAUACCUCCCAGCUUUGACGUGCGGAGAGUGGAGAGCUCAGACAGCUCCUCAGACUUUGAAGACGAAGGAGAGAUUACCAAUUACUUUGACGAAAGUUUUUCUUCCAUUACCAAUAACUAUGAUCACUCUGAACUUAAGGUUGGAAAAGAAUUUGAUGGAUUCAGCUCGCUCAGAACAGAGUAUGACGUCAAUGAUGCUGUUGUCAAUACCUCACCUUUGAACACCAUUGACGAGAAACCACAAGAGCAAAAACCACUAGAGAAAAAGAAAAAGGAUCGCCUUCGAAAGGUCCGUCGAAAGCUCGAUGAAGAGCUACGAAAAGAAGCAAGCACAGAAUUGCCACCACCUACCCAACUAGUGACUGACAGCUCUCCCAAGAAGGACAAGAAGAAAACUCAAAAAAAGAAACCUGUUGGAUCACAGCAGAGCACGACCUCACAAAUACCUCCACCCAUCAAACCUAUUGAGCAAGAUUCUCUCGACUCUGACUUAUUUCCAGUGAUUGAAAUUCCAAAGAAGACCCAUUAUCAAGUUGAAAGGGAAAGAAAUGAAAUUAUGUUGGAGGAAGAAAAGAAAAUUCAGCAAAUGGAACAAGAACUCUCCAGAAUCGCCCAUUUAGAUCAUGAUGUGUUCCCAUUCCAGAAUCAGCAGCAGCAACAGCCAAUCAUCAACAUUAAGCUCGAAUCCCCAAGAAAAAUUCCACCAAUUCCUCAAACCUCCCAUUCCAAAAGCAAAUCUCAGCAAACUCCUCGAGAACGACCUCGAAUUAAAUCCGCUCCAAUUAAGAGAAUUAGUUCUGACGAGCUGAACGACACAAUCUCUCCCAUCACUCAACUCGGAAAAGCCGUCUCGCCCACAAAAUCACCAGGAGCACUUAAGCCAAUUCAAGUCAAAGAGUAUCGAUAG